AUCGCUAGUCAUCAAUCGGUGAUCUGUCAUUCCAUCAUUCUAGUUUAUUAUUUAACUGUUUGUCUCAUUUAAUCUAGAAAACGGCCAGUCAUUUUGUUUUAAAUUAUCCCGCUUUAGUAUCCAUUGUUCAAAUUCCUGUAAAGUGGUCAAUAGUAACGAGAAACGCAAUAACACUAUAGCAAAGGCAGCGUGAAUAUCUGUUCGAAGACUGCGGAUCUUGCCAUGACGACAGAAGAACAAUUUCACGCGGCUGUUAAUGUGAUCAGGAAUCUUCCAAAAAAUGGAGCAUAUCAACCUAGCAAUGAAAUUAUGUUACGUUUUUAUGCAUAUUACAAACAGGCAAUAGAAGGACCAUGUCAACAACCAAAGCCCCCUUUCUGGGAAGUUUUCAAAAGAGCAAAGUGGGAUGCUUGGUCACGUUUGGGUAACAUGAGUAGAACAGAAGCUAUGAAUAACUAUGUUGAAGAAUUAAAGAAGAUUGUGGAAACAAUGUCUUAUACAGAUAAUGUGGCUACUUUUCUGCACAGUUUAGACACAUUUUGUGAAAGUGUUCCAGCUGAAGAUUUAGAAUUACUUCUUGGUCCUGUAUUAGAACGUAUGCGUUCACAACCUGGCUUACCAUUAUCUGGUUCUCCCCUGGCAUCAAGAGAAACAUCACCACAUAGAGUUUGCAAUAUGACUCGACAUAUUGCAAGUAGUUUAGAAACUAGCCCUGCUGCUAGUCAUAGUGCAAGUCCACCAGACACUGAUGGUGAAGAAGAAUUUAUAGAUACCGUCGAAUCUGCUCCAGAACGGACACAGAAGGAUACAACAAAAGCUUCUAUUUCUACCCAGAAAAUGUCUAAUGGGUUAAAUAUUACUGCAGAUAAAGCUAUUGAGUCAACAACUCAAAUGGAGAACCCUUCAGAGUUAAUUAAUGGAUAUACUACUGCAAAUGGCUAUUCAGAACCAAUAGUAGAAAAUAAACAAGAAAAAAACAUACAACGACUUAAAAAGGAUGAAAAAUCUGAUGCUGAAUUUUUUAAUCAAAUAGCCACAACUAUGCAAGAUCUGCAAAGAGAUUUAGAUAGAAUAACGGCUACAGUACGUAGUUUAGAAGGUCAAACGUUACAGGCAUCGGCGCCACAAAUAAAACAGCCUACAACAACCUUAUACCCAAAAUGGUGGCCUUUUUCAGAGUGUUCGCCGCAAUUAUUUACUAUCUUAAUCGUAUGGCCGUUCGUAGCACAAUUUUUAAUUUCUUUAACACAACGUUAUCGUCAGCAGAAGCUGUGAUUUAAACAUUAC